AUGUUGCCCAUUUUAUUAUCAUUAGUGAGGAGCGACGAAAAUCGCACAUUCUAUUCAUUUAAACAGACUCUUGACCACGAAAAUACAGGUUCAGAGACCUUUGAUCAGUACUAUUAUGAAGUUACUGAUCAUGUUGUCGGACAACCAAAAGCAAUCAUCGUUAAAAUAGGCGCAGAAAGUGACAAACUCGUUGCAUCCGGCGUUAGUGAUUUUAACGCUGUUCUUGCUAAGAGAUAUAACGCAAUUGUUUUAACAAUUCAGCACAGAUUCUUCGGAAAAUCCAUUCCACAGGACGGACUUACAGUUGACAAACUCAAAUUCUUAACAGUUGAGCAAGCUGUUCAAGAUUAUAAGGUUUUCCACGAUUAUUAUCAAAAUGAAAAGAAACUUAAUUUACCAUGGCUUGUUGUUGGUGGAUCAUAUCCAGGCCUUCUUUCUGCCCUCAUCAGAGAUAAAUAUCCAGAUGAUUUCAAAGCAGCAAUUUCAUCAUCCGGCGUCCUUUAUGCUACAAACAAUUUCGUAGAGUUCGAUCUCCAAGAUGCCAUUUCCAUGGGUCAGGAGUGCGCUGCAAUCGCUCGCCAAACAAGAUACCAAAUUGAAAAGCUUCUCGAAGACCCAAGUGACAAAGCUUAUGUCAUGAACCUCUUCGGCGUCGAUACAGAAAAAUACCCACUCAAGGAUGGCGAAUUCAUGAACUUCAUCGGCGAAUUAUUCACCCUCUCAUUACAAUACAACAACCUCUCUAAGGUUUGCAGCCCACUUGUCAAUGCCCGUCGCCUCGGCUACGAUACAGUUUCCGCUCUCGCUACAUACGCAAAGGGCUGGUUCUACGAAAACCAGGCCAAGCCACAAGAAUACUCUACAGCCCACAUGAGAAACAUCACAGGACCAAACAACGAUCAGCGCUGCUGGUUCUGGAUGACAUGCAACCAACUCGCUUACUGGCAGAUCGGAAAGGGAAGAUUAUCUCUUCGUGGCGAAAAGGUUACAAAGGAAGUCUUCGAAGACCAAUGCAAGGAUGUCUUCGACCAGGAGAUGCACCCAGACGUUGAUGCCUUCAAUGCGAAAUACAGCGGAAUUCCUCUCAAUCGCGACCACAUUUUCUAUACAACAGCUUCACAGGAUCCAUGGACAUGGACUUGCGUAACUGAGGAUGUCAAAGUCAACGAAAAUAGCGUCGUUCGCACAUACGCCGGCCCUGAGCUUGGCCAUUGCAGCGACCUCGAUGGCGCCACAGAUAACGACCCAGAGGACCUCGUAAGAAUUAGAGAACAGGAGAUCCUCACGAUCGAGCACUGGCUUUUCGAUCAGUAA